CGGUGCCGGUGGCGGCGGCGGCGGCGUCUCGGGUAGCGGCGGCAGUGCGGGGCCAUGGUGAAGAUCGGCGUCCAGCAGCCGCCGUUGGCCCUCAAGCCGGAGAAGGAGAAGGCAGCAGCGGGGGGCGAUGGGGCGCCGGGCGCCGUGCUGCUGCCCCCGGGCGCCGAGGAGCCAGCUCCCACGGUGCAGGGACGAAGGACAUCGCUCAGUGGGGUGUGCUACCUGACCAUGGGUCUCCUUGUCCUGCUCCUGGGCUUGGUCUUUGCAUCGAUGUAUGUGUACAGAUACUUCUUCGUCACCCAGCUGCCCCGCGAGAGCGUGUUCCACUGCGGCGUGCUCUACGAGGACUCGCUCUAUUCGCCCUUCAAAGGGCAGCUGGAGCUGCACGAAGAUGUCAAGAUUUACAUCGAGGAGAACUACGAGCAAAUCAAUGUCCCAGUGCCCCAGUUUGGAGGGAGCGACCCUGCGGAUAUCAUCCAUGAUUUCCAGCGAGGUCUGACAGCUUACCACGACAUCACGCUGGAUAAGUGCUACGUCAUCGAGCUGAACACCACCAUCGUGAUGCCUCCUCGCAACCUGUGGGAGCUGCUGGUCAACGUGAAGAAAGGGACGUACCUGCCUCAGACGUACAUCAUCCAGGAGGAGAUGAUCGCGACCGAGCACGUCAGCGACAUGGAGCAGCUCGGCUCCUUCAUCUACCGCCUCUGCAGCGGCAAGGAGACCUACCGGCUGAAGCGGAGGAGCGUGAGGAGACGUAUCAGUCGACGUGAGGUUGGAAACUGCCAUCGGAUUCGUCACUUCGAAAACACUUUUGUGGUCGAAACUGUUAUCUGCAAGAAGUCAUGAAGUCACUUUCCAGCUGUAACCUUCCUUGGCUUUGCUUGCACACACAUGCACACACAUGCUCUCAACCCUCUCCUUAGACAUGGUAAUCUGUCUUACUUUUUUUACUCCCUUCCCUGCUUGUGCAUCUUUAACCUCUAGGGUCCAUUGUGUCCACGCAGUGGAUUCUCUUCUCUCCCUGAUACCUACCUGAGACGCUUGCUGGGCUUAAAUUUACACCGUGGUCAAGGAUAACCUGGGAGUAGAUGCAGCUUCUUUCACACCACAGGAUGGGAAUCUCGUUUGGGAGCAGGUCUGAGGUCAAAGGGAUGGAUGAGAAAUAGGAGUGCUGGAAAUAGAUGCUCUUUUCUUGGGUGAGCAAUUUCCAGCUGCACUUAAGAAUAGUUGUGAGGCUGCAGGCAAGGUGAUACGUAAAGCUCAGCAGGACAGGUUUUGCCUCAACCGUGCUGUGGUAGUCCCAGCUUGCUGUGUGUUGUCCUUCAACUAUGCGUUGAUUUUGUGACUGGCUCCUGGACUCAUCCCCACCACAUCUCCUGAAUGUGCUAUGGCUCAGUGUGAUCCACUGAGCAGUGCAGAGUAUUCUGAUGGGUGUUCAGGCUGGGCAGGAGGCCAAGGCAAGAGACAGUGAGGUGGGGUAGGAAUGAUAAUGACAGGGCAGAGUGUGAAGUGCAAAGCUGUGUAGCCUCUUCCCUAACAUGUGGCUGCAGCUGCUGGGUAUCCUGGGCAGAUCUGCUGACACUUUGUCCAGUUAAAUAAGAGUUGGAUCUUUGAUGCAAGGUACCGGAGCUCCUCUGACGUCCCAUCUUUAAGCUGUGGAUGUGGGGAGCUGGGUGUUUUACUCCAGUCAUGUGUCUGUUCUAACCAUCUCUGCUUGGGAAGAUGAUUUAGGUUCACGUGAGUCUGUCUUCCCAAGCUGUUGAGAUCCCGUCUGUGUGCAGAUGGGGUGCCAUGCCUACAUACAAAGUGGUGUCAGCAGCAGAACUGGUAGUACUGGCAAGUGCAGAAGCAGAUUGUUUGAAUUUCUUUUAAGAGUUUGUAUUCUUCUCUCUCCCCCCUGUUGAAAGCUGUUUUGAUCGUACUGAGUGCAGUCCAGCAGUGUAUCACAUUCUCUUCAGGCACCGUCGUAGUACAGAUAUUGAUACAAGACAAGAUUCAGCUGAUCGAUACACUGCAGAGCAACUGUGUGAACCAAACAGUGUUUCUAUUGAUCAUCAGACUGAAGAAUUGCAGAGUAAUUAAAUAUUCUUCCCUCUGUUCCAUAAAUACAGUUAAAAUUAAUUAGGUUCUUGAAAUGCAGGCAGUUUUUUGGCUUGAAAGAAGGGGGUGAAUUUCAACUUGGCACAUUCUUUUUAAUUGGCUUCCAGCAAAUCUGAUCUUGUUCACCAUCUGUUGAAAUGAGCUUGUUGUUUGAGAAGAGGAAGGAUGAAGUAGAUGCAAGUACAAUCAUUAACUCAGCAGAACCAAACACAGUUAAUGUAUUUUUAGAGUGUUACUUUUGAGUAACAGCAGUGUGAUUUAGUGAUGUGAGCACAAAGCAAGAGUGGGGCUGGAGUGCAGCAGGGAUUAGUGUGUCCUUAGUGGCUGAGAAUUUAUUUUUCAUAUGAACAUAGUCAACUAUAAGCAUUAAGUUCUAACAGGCAGUGGAAGACUCUUUGGUUUUGUUCUGCUUUAAGCUUGAUGUACAAUGAAGAAUUAGAAUCAUGGAAUCAACCAGUUUGGAAGAGACCUCCAAGACUGCCCAGUCUAACCUGUCCCCCAGCCCUGCAUUAUGUGCACUUCAGGUCGGUGAGGAGAAGGUCUCUCCUGGCAGAGGGGUGUUUGCUCUUCUAGCAUUUUGUCUUUGCAGCAGGAACUUGCUGCUAGCUCUAGCCUUCCAUUGGGGAGUGGAUGACAGGGAGAGGGCCAGAGGAUUGGUUUACUUGAUGGAAGUGCCACAAACUUGUAAUUUUAAGCCCUGCAUUUCUAUUCAUUUCUAGGAACCUAAGCCCACACUCAGGUGAGCACAAAGAUCUUUUUCCUCUUCCUUCUGGUUCUGCAUGAAUUAACUGGUCAUUGAGUAUGCUAACUCUGUGCAAUCACGCAGCUGUAAGGACAAACCUUGGUUCUUUCAGGUGAACUAAUGUGGUCACUGUUUCAUAAGGUGAGAAUGCAGUUGUCUAGAGAGAAAACAUAAGAUGCUUUGUAUAUUUUGUCUGGUAGGACUCUUACUUCUUAGGAAAAAUCUGUGGGAUAAUAAAAUCUUUUACCUCUGA